AUGUAUAUAUUCACUGCAAUAAAUAGCAUUGGUGCUGAAUCGGUAUCCAAGAAAUUUGAUAUUAAAGUUCAACACGAUACAGGAAUUCAUUUAUUUGUUGACAAAUUUUAUGAACCAGGAAGUAUUAGCGAACUUAAAGGAUUUUUAUAUGGAUCUGAUCCAGGAACAGUUCAUCAAGUGAUUUAUGGAUUCGAUGGGACAUUUGUUAGACAUCGAUUUCAGAUUACUGAUGCACAUCUUGGAAUAGACUCAAUCACAACAAAUGAUGGCUAUAGAACCGAUGUUUUCUCAUUGAAUAUUAGUAUGCCUCAAUAUUCAGGAAAAUAUCAUAUUUAUGUCUCUGCGUAUGAUUAUUAUGGUGGUGAUAUUAUAACCAUAAAUAGAAAUCCUAUAAUUAAAGAUCGAAUUGAUUUCAAAGAUCAGUAUGCAAUUGGAGAAUUCAUUAAGCUUAAUAUAAAUGUAUCUGAUGAUACAAGGGCAAAAAUUAUAAGCUGCUUUGAUAAUAAUGAAAGUUUAUCAUUUAUAUCAGAGUUCAUUAAUAUGAACUUCAGUUCCCCAAGAAUGAUUCAGUCACAAGUACCUAUCCCACAAUCACUUAAUUUUUCAUCUCAUAAGUUGAAAAUUCAAAUUAUAGAUGAAUAUGGCGGAAAAUCAAAUGAAAUGGAAAAGGAAUUUACCUUAUCUAGAUCUCACGCACCAAUUUUAAAUAUUACAGGUUUAUCAAAAGAUCUAUAUCAUUUCUCAGAGAAUAUAUACAUUUCAGGUAAUGUAAUUGAUGUUGAUGUUGAUGAUGUUUUAUAUAUAAUGUACAGCAUGGAUGAUGAAUUUUAUCAUAAUUUGACAUCAUUAAACUCAAUUGGUGUGUCACAGGUUUUCGAAGGAAACAUUAGUGUUCCUCAUAUCAAUGGCAAGCAUACUUUAAAGAUCAUUUGUUUUGAUGAAUCAGGAUCUUCGUCGAAUAUCGUAAGUUUUGAAAUUAAUGUGAGAAGAGAACCAGGUAUUGAUGUUUUAACACCAAUAAAACAAUAUUACUUCCCAAAUGAAACAUUUACACUAGAUGUCGUCGUCUAUGAUCAUAUACCAGGUAAAACAGUUAAAAUAUAUUACGGUUUCGAUUCAUCUGAAAAUAUAUUUAUCGCAGAUGCAUUAAUUCAAGAGAACCUAAAUUCUUCAAUUAUAACAUUAAUUCUUCAAAUACCAAAUGAUGUUUAUGAUCAUUAUAUUAUACUAAUCGGAAAGGACAUUUAUGGAUCAAUAACUACGAAUCGAUAUAGCAAAUACUUAAAAAUAAAUCCGCCCCCAGCAAUUUCAUUCAAAAAUCAUCUCGAUGAUUAUUAUUUCAAGCCAGCAACGAUUGAAUUCGACCUUAAUAUCUUUGAUGUAGAUUAUGUAGACGUGAUUCUAAUAAUUAAUAACGAAUAUGAAAUUCAACUGGCAAAAGAUUUAUAUUGCAGUAGAAGGACAAGAAAUCUGAAAUAUGUUUAUAAAAUUGAGGAUUCUAAUGAAAAAAAUGUUUACUUCAAAAUAUAUGCAACAAACAAAUUCAAUUUAGUUUCAAAUAUUCUUGAAAAAACAAUUUAUUAUAGUGUUUCCAAAUCUUCACCAAUAUUAUCAAUUGUCAAUAAUAAUAUUGAAAAUACAUGCUCUAAUUCUAUAUGCUAUUCUAAAAGAUACAGUGAUUUGAUUCAGUUUACAAUGAAAGUAAUGGAUUCAAAAUUAAAUAAUCGUAUUUAUAUCAAUUACAAAUUUGACAAUGAAGAAGAAUAUACUCAAUAUACUAACUAUCUCUCAGAUGGAAAAGAAACAACAAUUAAAAUGGAAAUACCACCAAUUAGAGUAGAUGGUGUUCAUACUAUUUCAAUUAUGGCAUUGAAUUCAGAAGGUGUGGCUUCUCAAGUUUUCUCAUAUAAGUUUGGAGUUCAAAGAACCCCAGGAUUACAAUUUACAGUCCCUCCACAGAGAUGCUAUCAUAUAAACGAAACAAUCACUAUUAUAGGAUAUGCUAUUGAUUAUCCAAUAAAUACAAAUCUAGAUGUGUAUUAUUCAUAUGAUAAUAAUGCACCAAAAUCGGAUUCAUUAUUCAUUGCAACAUUCCAAGCAGCAAACUAUAAGCAAUAUACUUCCGAGAUUUAUAGACAAGAAAUCAAGACAACCACAGAAGUCGUCACACGAUUUCUCCCAGCAUAUCAAUAUGUAUCAGAUUCUGGUAAUAAAUAUGGAAAUAUUUCAGUUCCAUCAAGAGUAAGAAAAAUACUAGAUGGAUUUACUGUAUUGAACUUCUUGGAAACAAAUGUUGCAUAUAAAAAUUCCAAAGGAAUUGUUGCCACAUGGGUUGAAACCGGAACAACAUUUUAUAUCGAUAUUUCAACAAUUCCUUUAGGCAAAUCAUUUGAUGAAUAUAUCAAAGAAAUUAUUCCUAAUUUUGAUGGUGGAAACAUAUCAUUUGAAUUAAAGAAUGACAAUAACCAGACAAUAUCAACUUUUGUUCAACCGAUCAUAUAUAACAAACCUCCUUCAUUUGAAUUAUUAAGUCCUUUGCCAAGUUCGGUAUUUGGCCAUGCAUUCAUUAGUUUAGACAUAAGCAUAUAUGAUGAUACGAAAGCGCAAAUGGCAUACUCAAUCGAUGAUAGUGACAAUUUAAUUAAUUUGAGCAAUCUUUAUGCACUCUAUGACAAGAGUCUUUCAAUUCACCAUCAAAUUGAAAUUCCAGAUAAAUCUCUUGAUUUCAGAUUACAUACAAUAUAUCUUGCAGCAGUUGAUGAAUAUGGAAUGAUGUCUGAUCCCCAGAAUUUCUCAUUCUUAUACUAUAACUUGAACACACCAACGAUUGAAGAUAUUACAAUCACUUUUCCAACAGCAAAUGGAACAGGAACCAUCAAUGGAGGUUCGAAUGGAUCAAGUUCUAAUUCAGGUUCUGGUAGGGGCUCAGGUUCAGGAUCAGGAAGUGGAUCCGGAUCUGGCUCUGGAUCAGAUACAGGAACGGGAAGUGGUUCAAGCUCUGGAAGUGGAUCAGGAGGUAAUUCUGGUACAGGCAGUGAUUCAGGCAAUGAAAGCGGGUCAGGAUCAGGCACUGGAAGCGGAUCAGGAUCAGGCACUGGAAGUGGGUCUGGAUCAGGCACUGGAAGCGGAUCUGAAUCAGGUUCAGGAUCUGGAAAAGGAGGAAAUGGUAAUGAUGGAUCAUUUGAGAAUACAGAAAUUCCUACAAUCAAUCCUGGAGAAAAUAUCACUAUUCAGGGUAGAUUUGAAGACACAGAUCUUGAAGAUAAUGAAACUGUAUCAUUCAAGAAGAAUGAAGAUGAUUUCGAAGAUAUCCAUCAAUGCCCUGCUAAUGAGCGUGAUAGUUGCAAUGAAUUCAACUUUAAUAUCUCAUCAGGUGAUCGUUGUGGUCUUAACACAAUAAUCAUCCAAAUCAGGGAUAGCAAAGGCGCCACAUCACGUGAGUACUACUUUAGAUACAACAUUGAUUGCCACCAAGAAAAUCCAGAAGACCCUGGUGGUGAAGAUAAUGACGGCGGGCAAAAUGGAGGAAAUCAGAGGAGAACACCAAUCAGAUCUCCUGCACCGCCAUAUCCACUUCCAUCGAGACUACCUACAGGUUACACGGGUGGUAUAACAUAUACUAGUAUUUUGACAUAUGUUCCUCUCACAACAUAUGAUGAGGAAGGUUCGGUAUACAUCACAUAUACACUUAACAUGAUAACAUAUGAAAUUGCUCAAGUGAGCACUAGCACCGAGAGUGCUGUCCUUGGAUUCUUCCAAACACCUUUCGGAAAGUACGGACUCUGGCCAUUAAUUGCUCUUAUUGUCAUUGGAAUAAUCACAGCUAUUAUAAUUUUCCUCGUUUUACUCCGAAGACAGAAAGAGAAAGAAGCAGAGAGUGAAACUCCAGAAGGUGUUGAAAUGGAAGCUGAAACUAUCCAAAUAGGAAAUACAACGCAAACAGAGACAACAAAUGAUAAUCCAUUGUUCACAACAACGCAAGGACAAGAUGACCCAUUUUCAAAAGACUUCCAAGAAGACGAUCAUCUGGUUGGUGAUCAAUAUAUCGUCGAUGAAAUGUUUGAUGAUAAUGAAUAUGACAAUGAAGACAAUAAUGAAGUUGAUGAUACCAAUAAUGUUAUCUUAUAA